AUGGUCAUGAGCAUUGGUUGGAAUCCAUAUUUUGACAACAAAGAAAAGACUAUAGAGCCUUGGAUACUUCACAAGUUUGAUGAGGAUUUCUAUGGGAAAGAACUUUGGCUCAUUAUAGUUGGUUACAUUCGUCCCGAGGGGCCUGCUCAAGAUGAAGUCAUUGUUGAAGGAAUUAAUAUGCUUGUCCAGACACUUUUUGAAACCCGCUUGCCGAUAGUGAUCGGAGGUUCAUAUGCAUUCAUGGUAGAGGAAGGUGAAGAGGAUGAUGAAAUUAAGGAUCUUUUCAAGGUAGAAGUUGGAUCUUCUAACAGAAGUCCUCUCGAAGAAAUAGCUCUAACAUUUUUGGACCAUGGAGUACUAACUUUGUUAAAGAAUUGGCUUGAGCCACUUCCUGAUGGAAGCUUGCCAAAUAUUAACAUACGCACAGCAAUUUUGACUAUUUUAAAUGUUUUUCCUAUUGACCUAGAGCAGUAUGAUAGAAGAGAACAGCUGAAGAAGAGUGGUCUUGGGAAGGUGAUCAUGUUCCUAUCGAAGUCCGACGAAGAAAUCAAUGUAAAUAGAAAACUAGCUAAGAAACUGGUUGACAAAUGGAGCCGACCCAUAUUUAAUAAGAGUACACGGUUUAAGGACAUGAGAAAUGCUGAGGACGAUAGGAUUCCUUUCAGGAGGCCAACUGUUAAUAAGUGCUCAACCAUUCUGAUUUAAAUUGCUUGUCUUGAGCAAUAUUUGUUUUAUGUAUUGCAAUAUGCUGAAUUUCUAUAAUGCUGAAUUUCUACCUGCCGGCAAAUAAAGCAGCAGGGAUGAAAUCUAGAGAUGGUGAUCUUGAUUUAGAAUUUUCACAGCCUAGAUCUAGACAGUCUUCUUCAAGGCAACAUGCAUCAAGGCCAGAAGCAACACCUUUGGAUUUUGUGAUCCGUCCCCAGUC